AGUAACACAAAGGCAGUUUGGAUAAGCAGAAAGUGCAAGCCUGGGAUCAGUAGCGCUUUAAGUGUCCAGCUGGGAUACAAGUGUGCUCUCCAGUUGUAGGUCAGGGGGUUGAAGAGCAAGAGAAGCAGGACCAUGUGGCUGCCUCCAGCUCUACUCCUUCUCAGCCUCCCAGGCUGUUUCUCCAUCCGGGGCCCAGCGUCCGUGAGAGGCCGAGAGCAGGGCUCACUGACCGUGCAGUGUCGCUAUGACCCCAAAUGGAAGAACUACGUGAAGUGGUGGUGUAAAGGAGCUGUUUGGAGUUCCUGCCAGAUUCUAGUUAAAACCACUGGAUCAGAGUGGAAGAAGGACCGUGUGUCCAUCAGGGACAAUCAAAGAGACCACUUCAUCACGGUGACCAUGAAGGAGCUCAGGCGAGAUGACCAAGACAUCUACUGGUGUGGGAUUCAAAGGCAAGGAACUGACCUUGGGGUAUCAAUUAAAGUGAAUAUUGACCCAGAGGGAACAGUCGUGACCAGCUCAGAGAACCUGCUGUCUAGGACAAUUGCCAACAGCCACGGAGGGUUGUCUUCUGGCUCCAACGUCAGGACCCACUACGUCCUCCUGGUGUUUGUGAAGGUGCCCAUACUGCUCGUCUUGGUUGGUGCCAUCCUCUGGUUGAAGGGCCCUCCGGGGGUCCCCAAGGAGCAAUGGGAACAGCCUGUCUACACACACUUGUCCUCUGACCUGACCACAGACACAGUCCCUUAGACAGACGGCUCAGAAGUCCCUUCUGACCCUGGACUCCAUUUCCAGAGGAAACAUGGACUGUGAAAGGGACAUUGUUGCGGCCUCAGCAUGCAAUGGCUGAGGCUGGGAGCCCCAUGCUCUGCACAGCUCAGGGACACGGCUCAGGCACCUCCUGAGGUGUCACCGCUGCCUGGAGUGCCAGCACCUUGUUCCCACUCCGUCAGGUAGAAACAGCUACCCCACCCCACUACAGGUCAGGAGCUAUUGGGAUGAAGCCCAAAUUCAGACAGUUGUGUCCCCAGUGCAGAGCCAGGGACUGAAGCCAGAGAAAACAGCAGGAAUGCGAGAGAAAGAGACAGCGAUGGAGCCCUGACGAGCUCCUGGUAUCUAUCAUUCCUGAGACCAGCUCGACACCCUCUAUGCCUGAGCUUCUGAUACAUGUUUUUUUAAAUCAUUUAUUCCUUAGCCAGUCAGGUUGGGUUUUGAUGGUUCUUGCCCGUGAAAACCCUGACUGAAGCAAGCACGUGCAUACGUGCACACACACACACACACACACACACACACACACACACACACCAACGAGGGUGAUACUGUGAUGAGUUCUUGGUUCUGGGCCCUGAGAAGCUAGAUGGCCCCUCUGCCCAGAGAGGACAGCGCUCUGAGUACACUGGGCUGAAGAGGGACCCGGAGCCUCCGGCCUUCCUCAUUCUUCCUCCUCCUCGUCCCUCUCUCCCUCUUCCUCCUACAUGCUGGCUCCCACCUCUCAGGGGCUGGGGCUUCCUGGGGGCCAUAUUUUGGAGUCUGAUUCGAGCGUCUCCUCUCAGCACAACUGCUCAGGUCUCCCAUGGGGCUGCUGGGCCUCAGAAACUGCCUCAGGGUCAGGAAGGGCGGUCCUAAAACCUGAGGAAAAGGGUGCUGUCUCUUUUAAGUAAUGUUACUUAAAUACAGUUAACUAAAACUGCCCAAGGGAAAUAAUGUUCCCUCUCUUAAAUGAUGUUUUAAAAAUAAUCUGAAUUAAAAAUGUCUCAGGGAAAUGAUGCUGCGUCUUUCAAGAGCUUCAGUCCCAGCCACGACACCCCUGGACUCGGUCACUUUGAGCCACCUGGGUCUUGGGUCCUCACACCAAAGGAGCAUUACCUCCUGUGAGAAGAAACAGUCCCAUUUGAGACGUGCUCCCCACAGGCAAACACACACAUAGGCACACAUUUGGAACAUGUCCUUCUGCGGGUUUUCUUCCCCAGCUUUCUUGAGGCAUAAUUGACAAAUAAAAACUGUAUAUAUUUAAGGUGCAAAUGCGAUUUUUUUUAAAGUGUGCAAUGUGAUGAUUGAAUAUACAUAUACAUUGUGAUAAUAACCAAAAUCAAGCCAAUUAACACAUCCGUCACUUUACAGAAUCAUCUUUUUUUGCAUGUUUGCUUGUUUGGUGUGGUGAGAAGCGUAAGGUCUACCCUCUUAGCAAAUUUCAAGUAUACACUAAUAUUAUUAAGUAUGGUCACCACGAUAUACGUCAGAUCCUUGAUGCAUUCAUCUUCUAACUGAAAGUCUGUACCCUCUGUUCAGCGUCACCC